GCAAAAUGCAAACUGAUUUUGUGACUAUGGCUGGUUUAGACCCUAAGCACAUUACAGUAAUAUUGCUUGCAACAUUUUCUGUGAUUUUAUGUGCAGAAGCAGUUCCAGGAUGGGAAAAGCUAUCCAAAGAAGAAGAACUGGAUCUGGAUAGACAGCUCAAACUUAUAAACAAACCUGCAAUUAAGAGUUUCCAGACUGAAGAUGGUGAUGUUAUAGAUUGUGUUGAUAUCUACAAGCAGCAUGCCUUUGAUCAUCCUAUGCUCAAGAAUCAUAAAAUUCAGAUGAAACCUACAACCAUACCAAAAGGAAUAAGAAAUCAUGAAUCCGAGACAACCUAUAAAUCUUUGCAAUAUAUGCUUGGAAACAUAAGUUGCCCACAAGGAUCAGUGCCUAUCAAAAGGGCUACCAGGAAGGAUUUGAUAAUGGCAAGACAUAUAAAGUCUAUUGGAUUUAAUCAUCCAACAAACACUAAUGCCAGCACCUCAGGAAUUGAUGAAGGAGGCCAUCAUUAUGCAGGGGUUGCAUAUAGAGCCUUUGUAGUUGGGGGAAGAGCAAAUAUUAAUGUUUGGAAUCCAAGUGUUAAAGUAAAUCAAUUUAGUAUUGCUUCCAUGUCGAUUUCAAAGGGCCCUAAACAGCAAAUGAACAACGUACAAGUUGGGUGGGGAGUUAAUAAAGCUCUAUAUCCAGAUGGCAGCAGACUUUAUACCUAUUGGACUGGAGAUGGUUACCAAAAAACUGGCUGCUUCAAUACUCUCUGUCCAGGAUUUGUACAAGUUAGCACUAAAAUACACCUGGGGCUUAAUUUACGACCAGUUUCCACUUACAAGGGUAGUCAAUUUCAUAUAGCAGUCAGUAUACAACAGGACAAUAGUACUGGAAAUUGGUUGCUGACAUUUUUCAACGAAUAUGUGGGCUACUGGCCAAAGGCACUAUUCACAACCAUGGCUGAUGGUGCAGAUUAUAUUUCAUGGGCUGGCUCCACUUACAGCAUCAUAACUGAUCCUACCCCUACAAUGGGGAGUGGUCAUUUCCCAAAAGAGGGUGGUUAUGGGAUAUCAGCAUUUGUGAAUAGCAUUCAAAUUAUGCCAAAUAGGUUCUACAAAUUUGUAAGUCCAUUGUAUUAUGUUCUUGAUACUUUUGCAGAUGUACCUCAAUGUUAUGAUGUUAUAAAGAAUGUGGCUAAGGAUCCUAACUGGGGCGCUUAUAUUUUCUUUGGUGGCCCUGGAAAUUGCACAUUUCAGUAG